AUGACGUUUUCCACGCUCGAUGUGGGUGCGCCAAGCGGUCCUCCGGUGGUCCGCUGCCAGCUUCGCAAACACAAGCCGAACCGCAAGCCUCGGACGCCGUUCACCACGCAACAACUCCUGGCUUUGGAGAAGAAGUUCAGAGACAAGCAGUAUCUGAGCAUCGCGGAGAGAGCCGAGUUCUCUUCUUCGCUUAGACUUACUGAAACACAGGUAAAAAUAUGGUUCCAAAAUCGUCGAGCAAAAGCGAAAAGAUUGCAAGAGGCCGAGAUAGAAAAACUAAGACUAUCCGCCCGGCCUCUCCUGCCUCCCUCCUUCGCGCUAUUCGGAGGUGGUGGGGCGCCCCCACUCUUCGCAGCCAUGGCAGCCGCCUCCAGACCUCAGCUGAGCUUCCUCGGAGGUCCUCCGAGCCACCAGCACGCGAUAAACAUGAAUAUACUGAAUUCUCUACAGCCACAUUGACGAAUGGAUCCCGCGGCAUCGCGCGAAGCGAACGAUCAGCCGCCAUCUUGAAACUGUGUUCGAAAUUUAAAUUGAAAGGGCCUAUUCUCGCAGUGUUUUGUUUAUUGUUGGAUAUUUUCAAUCGGCCAUUGUAGUGGAGUCGCUUUCUUUCCCGCUCUUGCAAAUUGUUUGCCUGUUUUUUAUCGCUAGGUAUAAUUUGUAUCGUCAUUAACCCGGUGAAGAAUUUCGCGAAUUUAUAACGCGUUGUAAAAUGCUACUCUUACGUAUAAAAUACAUAACCUAGCUAUUUCCUACACAGUUUCUGAUAAUGUUAUUUCUGAUAGCUACGGUAGUGAGAAUAAGGUCGCGGUCGGCCGCAGUCGGAUCCCACCAGUGUUCAAGGAUCGAAAUAUGUAAAAAGUGAAUCAAGGACAAAGACAAUUUUCUAAAAUAAAAUAAAUGUGUUCCAAUUUCAAAACAAACUAUUGUGUG